UAUGUUGGGAUCCUAGGUUUCACCAUAUUGGUCUGGGAUCACGUUGUUACCAUCGUAGAUGAGAUUGAAUUAAUUUGGCAAGGCCCUAAAGGAAUACUUGUAUACUUGUUUCUACUGAACCGAUAUCUUACUCCUCUCGGCUUUAUUGUUAACCUGGUUGCGUACAACCUACCUACAUGGGGCUACACAGUGAGUUUCGAUGUUUGUCAGCAUUUUGUUCGAUACGAAGGGGCCAUGACAGCUAUCGGCAUCGAGAUAGUCGGGUUAAUGAUGCUGUUACGUGUAUUUGCGAUGUACAGACAUCAACAGGUUGCCAUUGCGCUAGCGGUAUUCUUGCUGCUAGCUUGGAUUGUAGUGACUGCGUGGCUGUUGAGUCAUGGCCAAGGUAUGGUUCCACCUUCGCCACACAACAUACAAGUUUAUGAUGUUCCCAGCUGUUUAUCACUCAGACAAAGUUCACUUGGCAGCUCUGCUUCGGCUUCAGCUUGGUUACCUCUCCUCUACGAUACAUAUGUGUUUGGGCUAACGUUGUAUCGCACCCUCCCUUCGAUCCGUAAUAAAGAAGCAGGACAUGUCGUUCGUGCCCUCUUCGCAGACGGGCUGCUGUACUACAGCGUCAUUUGUACCAUCAAUCUAAUAUUGACAGUCAUGAUCAUCAGAGCUCCAGAGGGGUUGAGAAAUAUCGCCGCACAGUACGUCACAAUGAUGUCGCGGAUUACUCUGAACCUCAAGAAGCAAGCGUUCCAUGGGCCUAGUCCCCACCACUCGGAAGUGGACAGUAUUAUUAUGUCCACACGCAAUGCCAUAUCCACGCCCUCGGGGGGAGUUGUCGUUCUCGGCCGGUUGCGAUCUGGCUCUGCAAGUUCUGUUCCUCCUGUGCGAACCAUCACUUUUGCAGAGAAUCCAUCAUUGUCGACUACUCGCCCUCGCUUGAGCACGAUAUGUUCAGCUACAAAUACUCCAACUAUUCUAAGUCCUAUAGAUGGUAGUCCAGUUAGCGACCACGCUGACUGGCCCCCAGCCUCAAAAUCCGACCAGCGAAAUACUGCUGGCAUUGUAUGA